AGAGUACCGAAAACCCCCCUGAAACAAGCAGCUACCUCGCCUCCCGUCCUGACGGAGGUCCAGCCCCUGGCCACCCCGCCGAAGCCUCAGAAGACCCCCCCGGCAGACCCAUGGACGCCCACCUCCAACCUGAAGAUGCUGAUCAGCGCGGCCAGCCCCGAGAUCCGGAGCAGGGAGCAGCGAAGGGAGCUGUCAGACCGCCCCAGCCAGCUCCUGCAGGCCGGACACUCUUUGCAGGAGCACUUAUCGGGAGACGAAUACGAAAAAUCUCAGCCAAGUCGCAAAGAGAAAAGUCUAGGAUUGCUGUGUCAUAAAUUCUUGGCUCGAUAUCCCAACUACCCCAGCACUGCAGAGAAUAAUUAUAUUUGCCUCGAUGAAGUGGCUGAAGAGCUCAAUGUUGAACGUAGGCGCAUAUAUGAUAUUGUGAACGUGCUAGAGAGCCUGCACAUGGUGAGCCGCCUUGCCAAAAACAGAUACACUUGGCACGGGCGACAUAAUCUCUCCAAAACCCUGCAGGCUUUGAAAAAAGUUGGAGAAGAGAACAAGUACACCCAGCAAAUUCAGAUGAUCAGGAAGAGGGAGUACGAGCAGGAAUUCGAUUUCGAUGGUGAAAGAAACGAAGAAACGGCAAGAUCUCUUGGCUCAAAUGAGCAUUCAGAAAUGUCUUUUAUCGAGCUCCCAGGAAUGGAAUUUCGUGCUGCGUCAGUAAAUAGCAGGAAGGACAAGUCUUUACGAGUGAUGAGUCAGAAAUUUGUGAUGCUGUUUCUUGUAUCGACUCCGCAAAUAGUAAGCCUUGAAGUUGCUGCUAAAAUCUUGAUUGGAGAAGACCAGUUAGAAGACUUAGAUAAAAGCAAGUUUAAAACCAAAAUUAGGAGACUUUAUGACAUAGCGAAUGUUCUCAGCAGCCUUGAGCUUAUCGAGAAAGUUCACGUUACAGAGGAGAGAGGUAGAAAACCAGCAUUCAAAUGGACAGGACCUGAGGUCUUGUCAGAUAUUCAGGAUACAAAACUUGAAAAACCUUCUACGCCCUGCCCCCCACCUCUUUCAGAAUCCAUCCCUUCCAAAGAGCAGUGUUCAAAAAACCUUUUUCCUUCAAGAGGAAAGCAAAACUUCACUCGGCACCCAUCUCUAAUAAAGUUAGUUAAAAGUAUAGAAAGCGACAGAAGAAAGAUCCAGUCUGCUCCGACCAGUCCAGUUAAAAUAAGUGCAACUACUGAACAAAGUUUAUCAGCUUUCCCUGGUAAAACGGCUCAGGUUCCAGCAAUCUCCAGACAUCAGCUGGAAGGACAAUCCAAGAAAGCCCAAGAGAUGAAAUUGCCGAGAUCUGCUUUGGAAUGUCAUUUGUCCUCGCCUGAGGCGGUCGCCAAGCCCGAAGCCCCUCGUGCAGCAGCAGCCUCUCAGCCGCCGCUUGGUGUCUGUCCUCCGAGCCACAGUCCCGUCCCACCAGCGAUCCUACCUCAUCCUCAUUCCGGUGUUUCCUAUGCAAUAUAUCUGCACCCUUCCCAGGCCCCCACUGUGCCAACAUACAGCCCAAGUUUCAUGUUGCAGCCUCUACCGUGUGCUAAUGUAACUGGAAUUAAGAGUACUAAUCCAAGCGUAUUAAAUAAAGUAACCACUGAGGAAGGGGACAGUCACAUAGCGACAGAUGAUCCAACAAAAUCCUUGACAGCUAAAGAAAGACCACCUCUAAAAUCAGAAGCUUCAUCACAGAGGUGCCUUAAAAGAUCGCAAGCGUUACAAGAGAAUAAUUUGAUUAAAAGGUUUAGAAGUGACGAGGAAAGCCUUGAUACUUCUCUGGGAGAAUCUAUUAAAAAUGAACGACCACCUUCCAAUAGCUCACAAGUGAAUCACGAAAUGGACACUUUCCAGGAAGAGAGGCACAGCAAACCAGAAAUAUUAGAUCAAAACAUGGCAAGCCGCUACGACCAAUGCAAAAGAGAAGAUAUGCCAGGAGAUGAGGACAAAACCAAAACUAAACAAGGCAUACCUGUAGCGUUUUUUUUUCCUGCUCAUGAGACUUUUUUCCCAUCUGGCUAUCUUAUUGCUCUGACUCAGUGCACCAAUGGCAACAAGGCAGGCUUUUCUGAUAAAGAGAAAGCUGGGAUAUGUUCAUUACAGCACACUACCUACAGCUCGCCCAUUGCCGGUGUCAUUCCAGUGACAGCAUCUGAACUGAAAGCGGUUAACAUCCCUGCUUUUCAUAUCACACCCUUGAAUAUAAUGCUGUCACCAACUUCUAUAGCUGCCGCGCCUGUACUGAGCAACCCCUGUCUCAACUCAAGCAAUACCAGUUCCGCCCCAAAUCCCAGUUCUUCAGUUCUGAACUUUACACUGCAACACAUAGGACUAAUACCUGCUGGUGUGCAAGUUCCUGCAAACCCUCCUCUUCAGCAUGUGCCAGUCCCUUCACAACCAGAAAACGUUAGCCAGGGCUCAGGAAACGCGAGCUUGCACGAGGAGAAGCCUUCUGUUCCAAAGGAACCCCAACAGCCCCAGACAGUUACAGAAAACUUUUUCCACACACCAGGAGGGCCAAACACAGUAUCUUCAGUGUCUGCAAAUCCAGAUGGUACCGACAGAAUCUCUCAAGGAACUCUGUAUAUUCCUCAACGAAAACUUGAAGUGUCAAAAGACUAA